AUGUCACCAACAAAUUUAAAUACAUUCAUCUCACGUUUACGAUCCUAUAUAACAUCAUCAAUCAAUACUAAUCAAUUUAAUGAUAAUAGAGAAGAAAUUUCUCUUCGAAGAAAAUAUGAACGAAAUUAUGCAUCAGCUAUAUGUGGUAUGUUUGCUAUAGCAACAUUAGUUGUAAGUCUAUUUGAUUAUCGUUGGUUUUGGUUAAAUGGUGGAAUAUGUAAUUUAAAAUAUAUUGGUUUAAAUAUGUUUUUUUCUAUGGGAAAAUUAUUUGUUAUACAAACUCCUGUUCCAUGGGAUACUUCAGCACCAAUAAAUGAUAUAUACGAAUUUAAACCAAAUAAUUAUAUGGCAUUAAUUGGUUGUAUUGAUAGACGUUCAUUAAUAACACUUCGUUUAAUGAUAACAUUUAUUUGUUUAGCAAUAAUAUCAUCAACGAUUGGAUUUUUAUUAGAUGCAUUAGGACCAAUGAAAUAUUCAUUAAAAUUUAUGAGACGUCAUGCUUUUUGGUAUAUUUUAUCAGUUUUUCUUUGUGUAAUAGUAAUUGGUCUUUGUUUUUAUGUAUCAGAAUUAAUUUAUGAUAUACAAGAUAAAACUCGUUUAAAAUUUGGUAAAAAAAUUGAAGUACAAUUCGAUAUAGCAUAUUAUCUUCUUGUUAUUUCGAAUGUUCUUCUAUUAUUGGCGAUUACUUUUGCACUUUUUAAAAAAUAUCCAACACAUGAUGAAGAAGAUGUUGAAAGAUUAAUUGAUAAUUGGUCAAGACGUGAACAAGCAUUAUUUAUUGAACGAUCAUUACCAGCUGUUAUAUCAACUAUUCCUAAUAAUAAUGAACCACCACCAGAUUAUUAUUCUGAUGAAGAUUUUCUUGUUUUGUAA